GCGGCCCCGGAAGCGCCGCGCUGCGCCCGCCCCAUCCGGCGCCACCGUGACGCCUCAGCGGCCGCCGCACCGUGCCCGUAGCCCCGAGCGGCCCUGCCCUGCCCGUCACCGCUGCCAGGCCCCGGCGCCCUCCCGGCACGAUGGCAUCGGUUGAAAGGGAAACACUGUCCCAAGAGGAACUCCGGAAAAGGCUGUAUCAGACUUUUAAGAGCCGAGGCGUGCUGGACACACUUAAGACACACCUCCGAAACCAGCUAAUCCAUGAACUAAUGCACCCAAUUCUCAGUGGAGAGCUUCAGCCACAGCUGGUUCCAAGUGAAGACAGUUCACUUUUGAUCACUGCUUCCAACAGUUUGGUGGCAGAUCAUCUAGAGAGAUGUGGAUAUGAGUAUUCACUUUCUGUUUUCUUUCCAGAAAGUGGAUUAGAGAAGAGCAAGCUGUGGACUGUGCAAGAUCUUCUUCAAUUAAUGAGGAUCAAUCCAGAAUCCAGUCUUUACAAAUCACUGACCUCAGGAACUCGGAAGGAAAAUAAAGGUUUCCUUAUGCAGAUUUUAAUUGGACUUACUGAACAUCAUCUAAACAGGGAAAUUCACAGCACAGAAACUCAGACCACCUCAGUGCCUCCUUACAGAGAGUCUCUUGCUGAGAAGCUUCAGCUGAUUGAUGAACAGUUUGCAGACUCCUAUCCUCAGCAUCAGAAAUAUGAAUCUUUAGAAGUAAAACUUAAUGAAUAUAGAAAAGAAAUAGAGAAGCAGCUUCAAGAAGAAAUGCAUCAAAAGCUUCAACAUUUUAAAGAAGUUGAAAUAGCAAAGAUUAAAAUGGAGGAGAAAGUGCAGAGCCAGAAAGAAAUCUCUGAGCUGCGCCACGAGUUAGAGAGGACCCAUCAAGCAAAGUCUGAAGCCUUGAUUUCUCGUGAAAAGAAUGCUAUUGAGAGGCUUCAAAAGCAACAAGAGAUAGAAGCAAAGGAAGUGUAUGCUCAGAGACAAAGUCUGUUGAAAGAUAUUGAAGCCAUAAGGACCAGAGAGGCAGAACUGAAGCAAAGGAUGGAGGCAUUUGAAAUCACCCAGAAAGUUCAGGAGGAGAAAAAUAAAGCUAUAGAAGAUGCACUUCGGCGUCGUGAGGUUGCUGUGAAGAACAUAGAGGAGACAUACGACCAAAAGCUGAAGACAGAGCUCUUAAAAUACCAGCUUGAAUUAAAAGAAGAACACAUAGCCAGAACCAAUAAAGUUACUGAAGAUGAGAAAAGAAAUAAAGAGAAAGCUAUGCUUUUGCAAGAAGAAGCCAUUGCUGUUAAUUCAAAAAAGGAGGAGCUCAAGCAAGCUAUAUCACGUGCCAAAGAGCUUGAGCUGGACUUGGAGUCAGUGAAGGCCCAGGUUCUGUUGGUAAAUAAACAGAAUAAUUUGUUGACAGAAAAACUGAAAGAGGUAUCAGACUACCCUUUGCUAAAAGAGGAAAAAGUGGAGCUCCAAGUGCAGAAUAAACUACUUAGGCAACAGUUGGAUGAGACUCGGAGUGAGAACCAGCAUCUUCGAGACAAGCUGUCCCAGCCCUCAGCAGAGUACCUGGCCUGCCAAGUGGAGCUGAGGAGAGUGGAGCAUUCUACAAAAUUGAUGCUGGAUGAAUAUGAAAGUCAUAAGCAUAUGUUGGAAAAACAGCUACAAAGUGAGAUUGAGCGUUGUGCCCAGUUAAAGGCCCAGCUGUUAGACUCUGAAGCUACUGUCAGGAAGUUAAAUAUGCAGGUUGAAGAGCUGAAACUGCAAGUGAAGCAAACACAGGCAGCUCUGGAGAAUGAGGUGUAUCGGAACCCAAAGCCGUCGCUCGUCGACCGCUCCGUCCUCGACUUCCUGGGAGACAGGACGGGAGACAGGCUGGUGCCCCACGACAUUUACGUGGAUGGUGCAUUCCCGAGGAAGCCACUCCUGCCCAAUGUGGGGAUGGCCAGCACCGUGCCAGGGCCUGGCUGUCACCUGCAGCUGCCCAGGCCCGAUGUGGGGAUGGCCAGCGCCGUGCCAGGGCCCCGCGGCGCCUCCCCGGACUCUGACCUGGAGUGCAUCGCGCAGGCCCGCGCCAGGGUGAAGGAGCUGGAGAAGGAGGCCGAGUUCUUGGAGGAAGCCUACAGGAGUUACCAGCACAGAGUCAUGCUGAGUGCAGCUGCCAGCAGAACACCAAGCAAGAUGCAGCCUCCUUUAAUUCUGCAGUGUCCUCUUGGUAGCAACCCUUUGACUGCCCAGCAGGAACUGCUAGAGCAUAAUCCCAGCUGCCCACAUUCCCCCCUGGGCAGUCCUAGAGGUGAGGAGCACAUCAAAAGAACUGGGCAGGUCGAUAUCUAUGAAACUUCCUUCACGCCACCACGAAGAGGAGCAUCUUCCAGGCGCCUUUCUUCCACUCCCAUUUCCAAACCAAAGAAAGACCUCAGUAACAAGAAAAUUCCAGAUGAGAGCAUCAAGAGCUCAUCCUUUACCUCUUCGCAGCAGAGUGUUGACCAGGUUCUUUCUCCUAUUUCAAAGCGAUGUUUGCUUUCAUCUUCUGAGUCUGUUCCUUCCUUGCCAUCCAGUCAUGGCCAGAAAAUCAGACUUCAGAGUCAACAAACAGAUAAACAAGAUCUCAGUGAUAUUCACAAACCAGAGAAACUAAGGUAUGAGGAUCUUGAAGAGCACAUUUCUACUCUUGAAGAUCAGGGGGACAUACCAGAGGAGUGUGAAAGUGAUGUCUUGCAUCCAUCUGGGGACAUUGUGGAUGGAAACUGUGUCACAGCCCCUGUGCCAGCAGCAGCCACUUCACUGCAGGACUUGACAGUGCUGGAUCAAAGGCAGAUUGAAGAACAGAACGGAGAAGUUGAGCAAAACUUAGAAGAAGAAAGGAAAGCAGGAGAAGAAAGGAAAGAGAAAGAACAACAGGAAGCUUUGGAAAACGAGCAAAAAGACGUGGAGAAGCUUAACGAAGAGUAUAUCCAAGACUCAGUGAAAACAGAUGAAGAAAUAGAAGAGGGAGUAAAAUCUGACCAUGCUAGCACUGCUGCUGAAAAUAAUGUAAAGGAUCCUCCUUCCAAUCCAUUAGAAAAAUACAUGAGAAUAAUUCAGCAGAGCAGAGAGCAGGAACUGGCAAACAAGGAUUCAAAAAAAGAAGAAAUAAGAGAAGGGUCACCCUCAGAAGGACUUCUAUCUACUGAAAAUGAUGACAGUCUUGCAGACAUUUCUCAUGGAGACGUGGAUGAAAGCUUCUGGUGAACAAUAACUACUGAUUUUUUAAUUUUUAUUAUUAUUAUUAUUAUGAGAAAGAUAUUUUUAAGUUGUUUUGUGCCUUUAAUAAAUGUUAGGGCACCAACACUGCAGGCUGUGUAAUUAUAAAUUAAUAAAGCUGAUUUUGAUCUGUUUCAUC